AUGUCCUCGACGGCUCUUCCCAAGCGCGUUGCGCUGCAUCGCAACCCAACCACGGACUCCUCCGUCCCCAGCUCCGUCUCUCACUCUCCUUUCGACAGUCCUCGUCAGUCCCCUUCGUCGACGUCGCUCUCCUCAAUGGCUUCGGAUGCCGAGAACACCAGCGGCAAGAUGAUCGACACCUAUGGUAACGAGUUCAAGAUUCCCGAUUACACCAUCAAGCAGAUCCGGGAUGCCAUCCCUGCUCACUGCUACCAACGCUCGGCUGUCACGAGUUUGUACUAUGUCUUCCGGGACAUGGCCAUCCUUGCGACUGUCUUCUAUGUCUUCCACAACUAUGUCACCCCCGAGACCGUGCCCUCCAUGCCGGUGCGCGUCGUCCUGUGGGCCAUUUACACCAUCAUUCAGGGUCUGGUCGGAACCGGUGUUUGGGUUCUGGCACACGAGUGCGGUCACCAGGCUUUCUCUCCUUCCAAGGUCUUGAACGACACUGUUGGAUGGAUCUGCCACUCUCUUCUGCUCGUCCCUUACUUCUCCUGGAAGAUCUCCCACGGCAAGCACCACAAGGCCACCGGUAACAUUGCUCGCGAUAUGGUCUUCGUUCCCAAGACCAGGGAAGAAUAUGCCUCUCGCAUCGGCCGUGCCGUUCAUGAGCUCAGUGAAUUGAUGGAGGAGACCCCCAUCCUGACCGCGACCAACCUCGUUCUCCAGCAGCUGUUCGGAUGGCCCAUGUACCUCUUGACCAAUGUUACCGGCCACAACAACCACGAGCGCCAGCCCGAGGGACGCGGCAAGGGCAAGCGGAACGGCUACUUUGGUGGUGUCAACCACUUCAACCCUUCCAGCCCUCUGUAUGAGGCCAAGGAUGCCAAGCUGAUCGUCCUGAGCGAUCUCGGUCUCUUCCUUGUGGGAAGCCUCCUCUACUAUAUCGGAUCGACCUAUGGCUGGCUCAACCUCCUUGUCUGGUACGGCAUUCCUUAUCUCUGGGUAAACCACUGGCUCGUUGCCAUCACUUUCCUUCAGCACACCGACCCCACCCUCCCCCACUACCGGCCUGAGGCCUGGGAUUUCACUCGUGGAGCUGCUGCUACAAUUGACCGUGACUUCGGCUUCGUUGGUCGCCACAUUUUCCACGGCAUCAUCGAGACCCACGUUCUUCACCACUAUGUCAGCACCAUCCCCUUCUACCACGCUGAUGAGGCCAGCGAGGCCAUCCAGAAGGUCAUGGGACCGCACUACCGCAGCGAGGCUCACACCGGCUGGACUGGUUUCUUCAAGGCCCUCUGGACCAGCGCUCGCACCUGCCAGUGGGUUGAGCCCACCGAGGGCGCCAAGGGCGAAAGCCAGCACGUUCUUUUCUACCGCAACAUCAACGGCAUCGGUGUCCCUCCUGCCAAGAUUCCCGCCAAAUAG